GCGAAAGCUGCUGCCGAGCUAGUUCGAACGUUUUAAAGCUAUCGACACAAAAAGGUAGACAGACAGACAGACAGAAAUAGAGAGAGAGAGAGAGAGAGAAAGAAGGAGAGAGAAUCGUUAUAGUAAUAAGGAAAGAGUUAACGGAAGCCUGUUUAUUCAACGAUGUCAAGGCACAAUUGUUAGCUUUUUUUAAUCUCUUCAAUAAAUUCAAAAAACUUUUCUCUCUAGUAUCUCGUGACACGGCCUCUCUCUCCCCCUUCUACGUAACACAUAUAUAUACACACAUAGCGGACAGACAGACACGUAUAUACACACGGGAUCGUGUGCAACACGAAGGGGAGACCGCGUUCGCGCCACCUGACGUCUCUAAGCUUCGCACCGACAACGGCCUGUCAAACGUCAAAAAAUAACGAUCGAUCGGAGAAGAAGCGGUACUUCUGAUCCUGAAGCCUUGUCGUUCUCAUCAUCGUCGUGGUAAUUUCAUAUUUUGUUUUGGAAGGAAGUACCUUCCAGGAUACGUCGGGUAACCUGGAAUUAAGGAGGAGCUAUACGUGACUGAGCUAUGAGUACAACAGAUCCCGCUGGGGAGGGUGGAGGGGGGCAGUCUGCAACGACACCUUCCACAAAUACCGAACAAAAUGUAACACCGAGUACACCGAUAACAAGCAGCGCAGUACCUCCAGGAUCACAGCAGCAACAACAUCCACCACCAUCGCCCUUAAGUGGUUGCUAUCUACUCGUGGUGCUUCCCGAACCCCAUAUCGCACAACAUAAGGAUCUUAUUCUCAACCGUCUUGCCAAAGGUUUCCUGUCAUGGGACAAAGACAGCUGUCACGUAGACUUGGAGAAAGAAUUACAAGCGCUGAUAGCACAAGCUCCCGAAGGCGAGGAAGCUCGAAAUGGAGAACGUCUGAUUCAAUAUGCCACGGAAAACCUUGUUACGGAGGUUUUGAUACACCCGCAAACGAAUACGUUAUUACAAUGCAUUCGAAAUCUUCUCGCAAGUUUCACGAAGCAUCGACACAUCAUACAUGCUGGAUAUACGUUCGGUGGCAAUGGUUCUUGGAUUCUACAGGAUGGAACCUUUAGUCUUGCGGACUUUCUCGAUGCGUUCAGCGAACAUGAAGUGCAAAGAGUCCUUCGUGCCUACGAGAAUAGCGUUACGGUAGAUAUUCAUUGUGCGGGUGUCGGCGAUUGGACAACUACACGAUUAUCCAAAGAAUCUUGUACUAGGUCUUGCCGAGUUCGAGUAAAUCCAGAUGAUGUUUUAACAGCUGGAGUACCAACGAUCACGAGCUUCACAAAUUAUGUCGGGCAAUACCUAAUCGCUCAAACAUUAGAUCAACUGAUGGAACCGUCCGAUGUCGUUGGAAACAUCAGGUUCAGCCAUCCUACUUUAUACGUCUUCCCUGGUGGGCAAGGUGAUGCCGCUCUCUUUGGUAUAAACGGCUUCAACAUGCUCGUCGACGGUGGUUUCGCGAGAAAAGCGUGCUUCUGGGAUUUCACGAGGCACUUGGAUCGUCUCGACGCUGUUUUGUUAACUAGGAUAAAUAAUAGUAAUAUCGGUGGCAUGUCCAGUGUUCUUCGUAAGAAAAAGGAGAUGCAUGUCUAUCCACAGAUUGGUCAUUUCUUCUGUAAUCUUGUUGAAAGAAGACAAUCUCAUUCACCAGACGGCGACAAAGACAUUGAUCCUCUGAUAUUAAAUCUGAUAGAUGUCGGCCAAGAAAUGGUCGUCAAUCUUCGACACAUCAAUCUUCGUGCUCAUCCAUGUUACAGAGAUCCAGAUCCAAUCAAUCUCUAUCAUAAAGUUGGACAUGGUACUUUAGAUAUGUAUGUUCUAAGCCCGAACAAGGAAAGUCGAGAAGUAAGAGAAUUCUUGGCAAAGUGGCAUACGUCGGACGUGAAAUUAUUCGCUGGGACACAUAAAAAGGAUUCGAAUAAUUUAACAUUUCCUAUUCAAAAUCUUGUUUCAAUAUGCGCGUUACUAGUUUGGCAACCCGCUAAUCCUGAAGAUAAUAUUACUAGAAUCUUAUUUCCCGGAAGUACACCACAACAUAAAAUCUUUGAAGGAUUUGAACGAUUAAAACAUUUGGAGUUUUUGAAGCAUCCAAUUUGUUCGGCAAAGAGUCUUUCGCCAUCAACGUCAUUAGUAACUUUGAAGGACAAACCAGUGAAACAAAAGUUUGGUUUGAUCGAGAAGGAAUCAAAGAAAAUCAAAGAAAUCGAUAUUAAGAAAGAGAAAAAAGAAUCGCCAGAAAUCAAGGCAUUAAAAGCUGCUGAGGAAAUAUCGGCGAAGCCGGUACCGCAAUCAACACCGAUAAUACCAAUAUCGAAACCAAGAAAGAUAGAAGAUAAAACAAAGAAAUUAGCGGAGAAUAAGAAGAUCGAUGUAGAUGCUAAGGAAAAGAAAAUCGAGAAAGAGUUAAAAGAGACGAAGAAGGAAGUGAAAAAAGACUUGAUUAAAGCUGAGAAACCUGAAAAACAAGAGAAACAGGAGAAACGUGACGAAGAAGUUAGUAAAAAGGAAGUGAUCAAGGAGGAAACAGAAAAAGUAGUUCCUACGAAAGAACCAAAACCAAAAGCUGAGCCAGUAAAGAAGACGAAGGAACCAAAGGUUAGCAAAACUAUAAAAGCGGAUGUUCCAUCGAAGGUAAAGUCACUGGAAAAAAAGAUGAAGGCACCGAGUUCAGAGAAGAAAGAUACUUCUAAAUCGUCACCGACGACACCGAAGAAGACAAUGAAUGGUGUUGCAACUAAAACUGAGAUAUCGAAAACUGCACCUAGAGGACGACCAACUACAAAAGUAUCAACGGCACCGGCAAAGAGUGCCAAAGAUGCGAACAACCGAAAGGUUGUGGAGCAAAAGAAUAUUGAAAAAUCAGUUGCGAAGGAGGCACCUGUUGCAGUCGUCAAGGUGUCGGCUAAACCAAAACCAAUGGAUAGGAAGCCGAUCAGUCGAAGGCCUAAACCAGUUAGCCCAAGUAAAGCAAGAGUUCCUGGUAGUCCUGCAAAAUCGACCCGAAGUACACCAACUGCUUCGGUGAAGUCAGACAAAGAUGGUGUCAUCAGAAAGAUGAAGGGAGAUAAGGGUACUACGGAUUCUUCAACAGUAUCCACACCUUCUGGAGUUGAACCAGAAUCAACGGUGAAGCUUGUUGAAAAAAGUCUAAUCGAAAAAUCCGAAGACAUUUCUUUGGAUUCUAUCGAAAGUAAAGUUUUAGCUGAUUUGAAAGAAGAACGUGAAGUCGUUGAAGAGAUCGAGGCAGUUCUACAAAAAGCAGAGAGAAUCGAGACUAGAAAGGACGAUCGUUUUGAAGGAGACGACGAAAUUACUGCCGAAGCUACCGAUAAAAAGGAAGAAGACAUGACGGAGGAAGAUGUAACCGCUGAGAUCGAAGACGCACCAAAGAAGGAAAGUUCUCGAAAAGAAAGUCAAGAAUUAACAGAAGAAGACGAAUAUUUGAUUGUUGAAAAGGAAGAGAUAUAUACUGAGGACUCUGUUCAGAGUGGUGAAGGUGAACAAAAGCAUAUUUUGGAUGAAGCUGAAUCUGAGAAGACUAAAAUAUUAAAAGAUACUAUGGAAAUAACGAAGGAAAAAGGAGAAAAAGAGGAACCAGAAAAAGGUAAGGUCGAAAGUCCAGAGAAGAAAGCAGAGAUCGUCGAAAAGGUCCCAACAAAAGAGGAAAAGAAAGUGUCGCCAGAGGAGAAACCUGUUCUUACGUCAGCUCCAGAAAUUAUACCAAAACCAGAAGAUAAAGAUGAUUCUGGUAAAAAAGACAGCGAAGAAAUUACGAAAGAACCAUCCAGUUUGAGUCCAGAUAAAUUGGAUUCUUCCGAAAAAAAGACGACCGACACAGACAUGAAACCUGAAGUGGAUCAAAAAGAACAUGUUCUUGAAAAAUUAGAGGAAUCUCAGGAACGUAUCUCGACAUUGGAAUCUGGUGCCACGACUACUGCUCCGACACUUCCCGAGGAUGAACGUAUUCCUCUCGAUGAGAUAAAAGAAGAUAUCGAUGAGAAACACGUUAUCGAGGAAGUCAAAGAGAAGGAUGCUCCUGUUAAAGUUGAAAAAGAAAUUAUUCCUCAGGCUGUUCCACCGGCAAGUAAACCCGACGUAAAAGUUUUCGACGUUCGACAGGUUGUUCAAGGCUUGCAACGAGACAUUGUCAAAACUCCAGAUGAAGUAGCCGAUCUUCCGGUUCACGAAGAAGUCGAUCCGAAACUAUAUCGAAUGGAUUUCGAGAAGGAUAAGGAAGAAAGAAUAGUAGCACCACCUACUCAAGAAAUCAAGGAACCAGAACCAACACCUCCAGUCAAAGAACAAAAAGGUGUUUUUAGUUUCUUUGGUAAGGUAGCUGAUAAAUUUGAGAAGGGAAUCGAUAAAUUGACGAAGAAAACGAAAAGAGAGCCUGAAAAGGAGGAGGAUAAGUCAUCGUCGAAAUCUAGUUCUCCGAAGGAGGCAAAGAUACAAGAAAAGAUUAGUUUGGAGGAGGUGGAUAUGGAAAAAAUGUUCCCGAAGAUAGGCAAAGUAGCUGAAAAGCCGGAAAUAUUCGAAAAGGUUCAGCCUGUGCCAUCAGAAGUUAAGGUUGCGGCCAUCAAGGAAACCGUAGCUUUUAUUGAAGAAGAAGAAUCGAAGGACAUCAAGAGACGUAGCGUGCCAGAUUUGGAAGUGAAAGUGUCUGAUAAGGUCGAAGUUAUCACAGAAAAACCAAUCAUUUCACCGACUGAGAAAAUUGAGGAAAAGGAAGAAAAAGAAGUAAAGGAAAAAUUCGUGAAGGAGGAAGAUCUUUUGAAGGAAGAGGAAGUUGGAGAGGACGUUGAAGAAGUAAAAGCUCUUCUCGAGGAAGCUUCGAAGAAAUUCAAAACAGUGAAGGACAGCCUUAGAGAUUCUUUAGAAUCUUUGGAAGAAAAAAUUGAAGAAGAAGAAGACCUUUUACGUCACGAAGCAGCCCUUACGAAGGACAUUGUCAAGGAUACUUUGGAAGGAGUAGUUGAAAAAUUAGAAGAGAUAAAACCUCAGAUUGAAGGACUAGCGGAAAUAAAGGAAGCAGAAAAAGUAAAGUUCGAUAUUCCUAAGGAUGAGGAAUUUGAGGAAGAAUAUGAAAAAGAGCCUGUUGGUCCUAUCAAGGACGUUAAGGAAGCCGUCCGUGAUGUUGGUGAAGUUCUCGCUGGAUCAGCAGGUAUAGUGAUUGACGACAAGCCUAAAGAUGUCGUUGAAAUUGUGAAAAAAGUCGCUGAAGUAUUAAAAGAAGACGAUUUUCUUCCUCGCGAAUUAUUAUUCGACAAACCUUCUGAGAAGGAACUGACCGAAAGAAAGAUCUCGAUACCGAGUGAGAAAACUAUCGAAGUUGAAGAAAAAUUAGCCAAACUUGAGGACAAAGUAUUCAAACCGAUCGUAGAGGAUAUUCCUAUACCUGCAAGUAUCAGCCUUGCCAAAGAGAUUCCUACAGAAAUUGCUAAGCCUUUACCGAUUUACGAGAAACCUGGAGCGAUCGAGGUUGAAGAAAAACCUUCUGAAAAAGUUGUCAAAGAUGUAAAAGAAAUCAUUUCGCCUGUGAAAGACCAGAUCAAGGACAUGCAGGAUGUUAAAAAGAUCUGCGAAGAAAUAAUGAAGGACGAUCACAUUUACGAAGAAAUGAAGGAAGUCGAGGAUACGACGAAAGUAGAUGUGAUGAAGGCAGGUCUCGAAGAGAUUUGUGUAAAGGAUGUAGCCAAACGACCAUCUAUCAGUGAAGAACCAAAACAGAUGAUAGAAGAACCAAUUAUAACGUUCGAACAAAAGGUAUCACCAGCAAAAGCUGAAGUCGUUAUGGUUACACCAGAUUCCGCACCGACUUCACCAAAAUUCACAACUGAGAAAGUUUAUGACGAAGAAUUAAUGGAAGAACCGAUGAAAGAGAAGUUACCAGAAUUGACUGUGGAAAUCAAGGACGUACUUAACAAACAAACUCCAUUAGAAGAAAUCAUCGAAGAACUCGUGAUUACUAAGAAAAAGAAGAUCACUAUUGAGAUUAUUGAAUAUAUUACUAUUGUUAAACGUGUACCAAGAGAACGUGUGAUCUAUAUAAUCGAAGAAAUCAUCAUAAGGAAGAAACUUAAUCCAGAAAGUGUAGUUGACGAUCUUAAUCUUCUUAAAACGACUAUUACACCGGAAAAGAUCAUUGAAAUCGAGGAAUACAUUAUUAAUGAGUAUAUUACAAAAGGCAAAAGAAUUACCGUUCAAAUAAUCGAAGAGAUUUCAAUAAGGAAAGCUGUACCAAAGAGAAUCAUCAUUGAAAUCAUUGAGGAGAUUAUUAUUAAGAGAAAAAUUACAAAAGAGAUGGUAUAUGACAUUUCAAGCGAACAAUUCCGUGAUCUUCGUAAAGAAUCACCCGAGGAUGAAAAGAUGGAUGCUAUAAAAUCCGAAGUUCUAGUGGAAAAGAAAAAAUCGAUUAUCAGUCCAAAAAAAGAAGAAGUAGAAGAAAAAGAAGUUAAAGAAAAGGCAGAAGAAGAGAAAGAAGUUCCUACGACAAGAGAAGAAGAAAAAUCUAAAGAUGAGAAAGUUUUAACUCCUGAAAGUAUGGAAGAAGUUGAAGAUGGUUUCGUUACUAUUCCUUCAGGAGCAGUUUUGUUAUCUGAAGAUCGUAAGAUUCAGUUAGAAAUAAAGAAAAAAGAAGAACCUGAAAUUACAAAAGAACAUGAAAAAGACGUUAUUGAUGAUUUCGAAGCUGUGGAACAAGAAUACAAAGUUCAGGAAAUUGCAGUCACUGAAAAGAUACCACAAAUUGGAAAAGAAAAAGAAGAACCAGAGGAAGAGAUAGAAGACGACACGAGUGACGUCAUCGAGGCCGAGGAAAAGUUCGUAAAGGAGGUCAAGGAAAAAGCUGGAAAGAAGGAUAUCGAGGACAUCGAGAUGGUCAAGGAUGUUGACAAAAUCAUUGAAAAAGACGAGACGAAAAAGAUCGUCGAUGAUAUAACAGUAGAAACGGAAACGUCCGAAAUAUCUGAGAUUGUAGAUACUACGGAAAAAUAUCUGGAUGAAGCUAAAGAGAAGCCUGAAAUAAAGGAUGUUAAGAAAGAAGAAAUAAAGGUUGUUGAAAAAGAGAUGAUAUUAAAGGAACUUGAAGUUAAGGAAGCUGAAGAGCCAUCGAUAAAAGAUAAACCGGAUGAAAAGAAGAUGGAGGCUGAUUUAAUCAAGGAACCAUAUCGUAAGGAAAGUGUUACCAUCGAGGAGGCAAUUCCAAGAAAAUUAUCAUUGGAGGUUAAGGAGGAAGCCAAAAUGGUAGUGGAAGAAAAAAGGAUAGAGGAAAUUGCAAAGGCAGCUGAAAUAAAAGAGAAAGAUGAGGAGAAGAAAGAAGUAGAAGAGUUUAAAGAAAAAGCUGUACUAAUCUCGACCAAAAUUGAAACCGAACCAAUGAAAGAUGAAAAAGCGACUACUGAAGUAACGAGUGUUUCUGAUAAGGAGAUUACUCCUGAGAAGGAUAUUAAAGAAGUAGAGGAAAAAGAUAUUCAGCCAAAAGCUUUGGCGUUUUCACCAAGAGAAGAGAAAAAACCAGAGAUGAAAGAUAUCGUCGAAAAAGACAUCGAGCCUAUGAUAAAGGAAGUUAAGGAAGAAGUUAAGGAAGAAGUGAAAAAAGAAGUUAAAAAAGAAGAUGAGAAAAAACUUGAAGAAAAAGUUCCUAAGGACGAAAAAUUAGCGGACGCUACGGGUCGUGCUAUAGAACCUAAAGCAGAAAUUAUUGAAAGGGAAUUGGAUGAGACAGUUGAGAAAGAAGAAAAACUUCUUAAGGAGGAAAAAUUAGCAGACGCUACUGGUCGCGUUAUUGAACCUAAAACAGAAGUUAUUGAGAAAGAAUUGGAGGAGAAAGAAAUAAAACUCGAAGAUAAACUUCUCAAGGACGAGAAACUAGCAGACGGUACUGGUCGUGCGAUCGAACCAAAAGCAGAUGUUAUUGAUAAAAAAUUAGAAGAAAAAAUUUUAAAGGAAGAGAAACCCGAAGACAAAGUUUCAAAGGACGAAAAAUUAUUUGAUGCUACGGGAAGUGCAAUUGAGCCAAAGGCAGAGAUUAUUGAUAAAAAAUUAGAAGAAGAAGUUGAAAAGGAAGAAAAACCAGAAGACAAGAUUCCCAAAGAUGAAAAAUUAACUGAUGCAACAGGACGUGCGAUUGAGCCAAAAGCUGAAAAAGAAGAAAUACUAGAAGACAAGAUUCUCAAAGAUGAAAAAUUAACUGAUGCAACAGGACGCGCGAUCGAGCCAAAAGCAGAGGUUAUUGAUGAAACAAUUGAAAAGGAGGAAGAAGAAGUAAAAAUUCGAAAGAAGAGGAGUCUCCAAGAAGAGCCAACAAUCGAGAUAAGCAAGGAUCUAAAACCAUCCGAAAGCACAGAAGAAAUUGAAGUAAAAGAAGUAGAAAAAGUGGAACCAUCAAAAGUUGCAGAAGAUAGUGGAGUUGUUCAUCGAAUGUUAGUAACAGCAAGUAGCGAAGAUGGCGGACAAGAAAUGGACAUCUGUCCAACAGGAACAAUUAUUUACGCUAAACCCGUCACACCUGAUGAUUCCUUGAAGGAAGUAUCGAUCAAAACGACACCUGACAAAGAUUCUUUGCUUUUGGACAAAGAUUCGAUUCAAUCAGAAAUUAGUAUUUCUGAAAAAGAUAGUAUUUCGGAAAAAUCAGCAACCGAAAUUAAAGAUACCGAAAAGAUCACUCCUGAAGAUAGUUUGGAAAAGUCUCCACUCGAUACACGUGGUUCACAAGAUUUGGAAGACAGUUUAGAGAAACUAGACAGUAAAGUAAAGGAUAUUGAAAGUGUUUUACCUAGCACUGAAGUUGAAAAGGUUAAAGAGCUUGACAAAAAAGAAGAAAUCAUAUCUUCGGUCAAAGAUGAGAUCGAAAAGAUCAGUAAAGCAGUACCUCCAAAAGAGGAAGCUGUUAGUAAAGCAAGUAGUCCAGAAAAGGAAGUUGGCAAGAUACCCUCACUUCUAGACUUAUCCAAAGAAGAAAUCUCUAAAAUAAAGACUCCCACUUCGACACCGAUCGAAGAAAAACACGAAAAGAUACUCGAAGCUAUAAUUUCCAAAUCUCCGGAAAUUAGUCGUUCAGAAGACGUUUCACCGACCGAAACGAUAUUUGCAAAAUCGCCUACCGAGAAAAAAGUUCCUGUAGAUAUUUCGAUGAAAGAAACGAAAGAGACUGAAAUUUUGAAGGAAGAAAAACCAAAGGAAAUCGUACAAACUGUUGAUAAAGUCGACAAAUCAAAGUCACCGAGUCCUAGCAUAGAAGGCCUUGCUGAUGAGAAGACUGUUAAAAAAUCGCCUGAAGAAGAAAAACCUAUUACUGCCGUUAUAAGUGCAAAAGAGAUUGACGAAAGUAUUCUAGAUAAAGAAAAAUCUUUAAAACUAGACGAGGAGAAAUAUAAGAUCGACAAAUCUGACGUAAAAGAUAUAACUGAUAAAUCUAGAUCGCCUAGUAUCGAGAAACCUUCUGAAAAGGAACAACUCGAAAAAAUUGUCAGUGAAAAAUUAGAAAAGGAAGAGACGAUAGUUCCUGAAAAAUCGAGAUCACCGAGCGUUGUUAGAGAAGAACCAGGAAAACAAUUGGAUAUAACAAAAAUCGAAGCAAAAGUCGAUCUAGAAAAAAUAGAUCAGGUCGAGAAACCAAGAUCUCUCAGUAUUAGUGACAAAGUUAUAGAAGAAAAAGAAGCGGGUAAAAAAGAUGAAUUAGAAAAAAUUGAAAAGGAAGCAAAAUUGCUUGAGAAACCAAAAUCGCCGAGUAUUUCCGAGGAUAAAUUGAAGGAGGAAUCCAAAUCACGAAGUAUAUCUCCUUCGGAAAAGAUCGAUGAAAAAGAAUCGAUCGAUAAAUCGAGAUCACCAAGUAUUACGACUGAAGAGAAAUCUGCAAGUAUUUCCGAUGAAAAAUCUGUGAAGGUUGAGGACGAUAAAUCGAGAUCACCGAGCAUUGUUAGCGAUAAGGCGGAAGAAAUCGAACGUGAUAAGUUAAAGUCAGCCAGCAUUGAAAAAGAAUUAACUGUUGACAGAUCUAGAUCAGCAAGUGUUGUUAGUGAGAUUCAGGAUACGAAAAAAAUCAAGGAAGUUAAAUUAGAUCGUGCUAAAUCACCGAGUAUGCCUGAAGAAAAACCUGAAGAAAAGAUUGUUAAAGAAUCGAUUCCCGAAUUAAAAGCAGCAGCACCAGCAUCCGUCGAUGUUUCUAGCGAUAAAAUGAAAGAUGCGAAAGAAUUAAUCAGUGAAAUGGAGAAGAUUGACGUUAAAAAAGAAAUCUCUCCUCCUGGUGAAGAAAUAAUAGUCGAUAAAUCAAGAUCACCUAGCGUGACAACCAUUUCACAAAAAGUGGAAGACUUGAUCGAUCGAUCGAAAUCACCUAGUAUAAGCAGUCAAGUCUCGGACGAAAAGAAAUCCGAAGAUCGUUCGAAAUCACCGAGCAUUGCUAGUGAUAAAAUGGAAUUGGAAAAAGAAAUCGAGAAAUCAAGAUCACCUAGCAUCGUCGAUAAAGAAGUUUCUGAAAGUUUGGAGAAAUCUUUGAUCACCGAAGAAAAGAAAUCGAGUGAAGUAUCUUCGGUGACUAUGGAAGAGAAAAAAGACGUCAAGGUUAUCGAUAAAUCAAGAUCACCUAGCGUCGAAAGUACAAUCGAAGACAAAGGAACGAUCGAUUUAUCGAAAUCACCAAGCAUAACUGAAAAAUUAGAAGAUGACAUCAAAAGAAGUAAAUCAGCUAGCAUAACCAGCGAAAAAUCUGAAGAGAAAGCAUUAAGCGAGUUGCAAAAAUCAUCUAGCAUUUCGGACGAAAAAUUGGACACUAAAGAAAUAACAGAGAAACUUGCCGAAAAAGAAAAAUCACUUAGCCCCGUAAGUUUCGCUGAUAGUAAAUCAAAAUCCCCGAGUAUUAUUGAUGAAAAAAUAAGUUUAACAGGAAUCACGAUCGAAUCGAAGGUAGAGGAAUCGAUAGAAAGAGCUAAAUCACCCAGUGUCAUCAGUGAUAAAUCGUUGGAUAAGAAAUCUCCAAGUAUCGAAGACCGUUCGAAAUCGUCUAGUAUUGUUGGAGAAAAAUCUGAGAUCAGUGACGUCAUAGAAAAAUCUAUUGAAACCAAAGAAUCCGAUAGAAGUAAAUCACCAAGUAUAUCUCCAAGUAUCGCUGGAGAAAAAUUGGAUCUUAAAGAUGUCGAAGAAGUCUUUGAUAAAUCGAAAUCGUCAAGUAUCAGUGAUGAUAAAGUGGAUCUUAAAGAUGUGAUUAUUGAACGACCAAUCCGUGAAGAUCGUUCUGGCAGUGUCAUAAGUAUUACCAGUGAAAUCAAAGAACCAUCGGAGAAGUCAAAAUCUCCUAGCAUUUCUAGUGAAAAACCUGACCUUGAGGAAUUAAAAGACGUUGGAGUACGAAAGGAAUCGAUCAGUAAAAGAGAAUCAAUUGAUAUUACUUUGGAAACAUCACAAAUCGUGGAAAAGGAACAGAAAGUAGAAGAUAAAUCGAGAUCUCUUAGCGUAACGAGCUUUGCUGAUGAUCAAAAGCCUAUGGUGGAUUUAGAAAAAUCUAUUGAUGUUUCCGAAAAGAUCGAAAUCGAUAGAAGUAAAUCUUCAAGUAUUAGUAGUGAUAAAUCUGAUGAUAAAAAACUGGACGACAAAAGUAGUGAACGAGAACAUUAUGAGGACGCAAUCGACGCGUCUCGUUCACCUAGUCUCACUGAAGAUAAGAGUCUUAGCAAGGAAAGUGUUGAAUCAACCUCUCCUAGCACUACGAUCGAAAAGCUAGAUCGUACGAAAGAAAAGGAGGAUUUGAAAUCGCCUGUCAAAUCUGAAGAAUUUCAUAGUCCUAAGAAAGAUAUCGAAGGGGCGAUAAUAGUCGAUGCCAAACUACCAGAAGAUCGUUCAAGGACACCGAGUGUUGCGGAGGUUAAAAUCGAUGAUAAAUCUAGGUCGGCUAGUAUCGUCAGCGAAGUAUCUGCUAAAGAAGUCAUUGAUAAAUUAGAAAAAGAACCUUUACUGGAAAAGGAUAAACAAAAGUCACCUUCUUCAGAAACUAUCAAACAAGAAAAAUUGCCAGAAGUUGAAAAAUCAAGAAAGUCUGCUUCGCCGGAAAUAGAAAAAAUAGAAAAGGUAUUACCGCUAGAAACAGAGAAACAAACAUCUGUUUCACUGGAAGUAGAAAGACUGGAAAAAUCACUUUCAAUCGAAGUAGAUAAACAAAAAUCACUUUUACCAAAGUCUGAAAAACUGCCGAAAUCACCAACCCCAGAGACUGAAAAGAAAGAAAAAUCUCCUUCUCCGGAAGUUUUAAAAGAAAAGUCACUUUCUCCGGAAAUAGAAAAACCAUUACAAUCACUAUCUCUUGAAACGGAAAAACAGAAAUCAAUUUCGACAGAAGUAGAAAAAGAAAAGUCUGUUUCGUUAGAAGUAGAAAAACAAAAAUCACCUCCGCCGGAAACGAAGACAGAAAAAUUACCUUUACAUGAAAUAGAUGAAUCAAAAUCUCCUACACCAGAAGAACAAAAGGAGAAAUCACCAUCACCUGAAAUACAAAAAGAAAAAUUAUCUUCGUUAGAAGCAGAAAAGGAAAAAUCACCAUCGCCUGAAAUACAAAAAGAGAAAUCGCAGUCACCGGAAAUACAAAAAGAAAAGUCACCUUCAUUAGAAGCAGAAAAGGAAAAAUCACCAUUACCUGAAAAACAAAAAGAAAAGUCUCCUUCGUUAGAAGCAGAAAAGGAAAAAUCACAAUCGCCUGAAACACAAAAAGAAAAAUCACCUUCGUUAGAAGCAGAAAAGGAAAAAUCACCAUCGCCUGAAAUACAAAAAGAGAAAUCGCCAUCACCGGAAAUACAAAAAGAAAAGUCACCUUCAUUAGAAGCAGAAAAGGAAAAAUCGCCAUCACCUGAAAUACGAAAAGAAAAAUCGCCGACACCUGAAGAAAAAUCGUCAUCAUCUGAUAUACCGAAAGAAAAAUCGCCGACACCGGAAUUACAAAAAGAAAAAUCUCCUUCGUUAGAAGCAGAAAAGGAAAAAUCACCAUCACCUGAUAUACCGAAAGAAAAAUCGCCAUUACCGGAAACACAAAAAGAAAAAUCGCCGACACCGGAAUUACAAAAAGAAAAGUCUCCUUCGUUAGAAGCAGAAAAGGAAAAAUCACCAUCACCUGAUAUAAAGAAAGAAAAAUCGCUUUCACCGGAAAUACAAAAAGAAAAGUCUCCUUCGUUAGAAGCAGAAAAGGAAAAAUCGCCAUCACCUGAUAUACCGAAAGAAAAAUCGCCAUCACCUGAUAUACCAAAAGAAAAAUCGCCAUCACCGGAAAUACAAAAAGAAAAGUCUCCUUCGUUAGAAGCAGAAAAAGAAAAAUCGCCAUCACCUGAUAUACCGAAAGAAAAAUCGCCAUCACCUGAUAUACCGAAAGAAAAAUCGCCGUCACCGGAAAUACAAAAAGAAAAGUCUGCUUCAUUAGAAGCAGAAAAGGAAAAAUCACCAUCGCCUGAAAUACAAAAAGAGAAAUCGCCGUCACCGGAAAUACAAAAAGAAAAGUCACCUUCAUUAGAAGCAGAAAAGGAAAAAUCGCCAUCACCUGAAAUACGAAAAGAAAAAUCGCCGACACCUGAAGUACAAAAAGAAAAAUCGCCUCCGUUAGAAGCAGAAAAAGGAAAAUCGCCAUCACCUGAAAUACAAAAAGAAAAAUCGCCGACAUCUGAAGUGCAAAAAGAAAAAUCACCUUCAUUAGAAGCAGAAAAGGAAAAAUCGUCAUCACCUGAUAUACCGAAAGAAAAAUCGCCGACACCGGAAUUACAAAAAGAAAAAUCUCCUUCGUUAGAAGCAGAAAAGGAAAAAUCACCAUCACCUGAUAUACCGAAAGAAAAAUCGCCAUUACCGGAAAUACAAAAAGAAAAAUCGCCGACACCGGAAAUACAAAAAGAAAAGUCUCCUUCGUUAGAAGCAGAAAAGGAAAAAUCGGCAUCGCCUGAAAUACAGAAAGAAAAAUCGCCGACGCCGGAAAUACAAAAAGAAAAAUUGCCUUCGUUAGAAGCAGAAAAAGGAAAAUCGCCAUCACCUGAAAUACAGAAAGAAAAAUCGCCAUCACCUGAAAUACAAAAAGAAAAAUCACCGUCCCCGGAAAUACAAAAAGAAAAAUCUCCUUCGUUAGAAGCAGAAAAGGAAAAAUCGCCAUCACCUGAAAUACAAAAAGAAAAAUCACCGUCCCCGGAAAUACAAAAAGAAAAGAUGGAGGAACAAAAGUCUCCUACGCCAGAAAUACAAAAAGAAAAAUCUGCUUCACCAGAUGCAGAGAAGGAGAAGUCUCUUGCGUUAGAAACGGAAGAACAGAAAUCUCUUAUACCAGAAGCUCCAAAAGAAAAAUCACUUUCCCCAGAAAAAGAAAAAGAAAAAUCUCCACUACUAGAGAUGGAAAAAGAGAAGUCUUUGACGCCAGAACUACAAAAAGAUAAAGCGCCUUUACCAGAGAAAGAAACUGAAAAAGAAAAAUCACCAAUGACAUUAACAGAGAAGCAAAAAUCUCCUACACCAGAGGCAGAAAAAGAAAUAUCUUCACCAGUAGAAAUACAAAAAGACAAAUCAAUUUCACCACAAAUAGAGAAGAAAAAAUCUCCUGCUUUAGAGGGAGAGAGGCAAAAAUCUCCUACACCAGAAUUAGUAAAGGAAAAAUCACUUUCCCCGGAUUUAGAAAAAGAAAAAUCACUUUCUCCAGAAUUAGAAAAAGACAAAACUCCUCUUCCAGAAACUGGAAAAGAAAAAUCUCCAUCACCAGUAAUAGAAAAAGAAAAAGCUCCAAGAUUAAAAACAGAAAAACAGAAGUCUCUUUCACCAGAAAAAGAAAAAGAAGAAUCACUUUCGCCAGAGAUAGAGAAGGAAAAAUCUCCAGUAACAGAAGUUGAAAAGGAGAAGUCAUCGUCACCUGAAAAAGAAAAAGAAAAAUCUAUUUCGCCUAUUGUGAAAAAGGAAACAUCUAUUCCAUCAGAAAAGCAAAAAUCGCUAUCACCUGAAGAAGACAAAUCCCUUAUGAUAGAAGAUAAAAAAACAAAGCCUUCUACUCCUGAAGAACAAGAAGAAAAAUCUCCUACAUCAGAGGCACAAAAACAAAAAUCUCCUUCACCAGUAUCAGAAAAGGAGAAAUCUCCAGCUGCAGAAGCAGAUAAACAGAAAUCGCCUUCACCCGUAUCUGAAAAGGAAAAAUCACCUGUAGCAGAACCAGAAAAACAAAAAUCUCCUUCACCAGUAUUAGAGAAGGAAAAAUCUCCAGCUGCAGAAGUAGAUAAACAGAAAUCGCCUUCACCCUUAUCGGAAAAGGAAAAAUCACCUAUAGCUGAACCAGAAAAACAAAAAUCUCCUUCACCAGUAUCAGAGAAGGAAAAACCUCCAGCUGCAGAAGUAGAUAAACAGAAAUCGCCUUCACCCGUAUCGGAAAAGGAAAAAUCACCUGUAGCUGAACCAGAAAAACAAAAAUCUCCUUCACCAGUAUUAGAGAAGGAAAAAUCUCCAGCUGCAGAAGUAGAUAAACAGAAAUCGCCUUCACCCGUAUCGGAAAAGGAAAAAUCACCUAUAGCUGAACCAGAAAAACAAAAAUCUCCUUCACCAGUAUCAGAGAAGGAAAAACCUCCAGCUGCAGAAGUAGAUAAACAGAAAUCGCCUUCACCCGUAUCGGAAAAGGAAAAAUCACCUGUAGCUGAACCAGAAAAACAAAAAUCUCCUUCACCAGUAUCAGAGAAGGAAAAAUCUCCAGCUGCAGAAGUAGAUAAACAGAAAUCGCCUUCGCCCGUACCGGAAAAGGAAAAAUCACCUAUAGUUGAACCAGAAAAACAAAAAUCUCCUUCACCAGUAUCAGAGAAGGAAAAAUCUCCAGCUGCAGAAGUAGAUAAACAGAAAUCGCCUUCACCCGUAUCGGAAAUGCAAAAAUCACCUGUAGUUGAACCAGAAAAACAAAAAUCUCCUUCACCAGUAUUAGAAAAGGAGAAAUCUCCAGCUGCAGAAGCAGAUAAACAGAAAUCGCCUUCACCCGUACCGGAAAAGCAAAAAUCACCUGUAGUUGAACCAGAAAAACAAAAAUCUCCUUCACCAGUAUUAGAAAAGGAGAAAUCUCCAGCUGCAGAAGCAGAUAAACAGAAAUCGCCUUCACCCGUACCGGAAAAGGAAAAAUCACCUGUAGCUGAACCAGAAAAACAAAAAUCUCCUUCACCAGUAUCAGAAAAGGAAAAAUUACCUGUAGCUGAAGCAGAAAAACAAAAAUCUCCUUCACCAGUAUCAGAGAAGGAAAAAUCUCCAGCUGCAGAAGUAGAUAAACAGAAAUCGCCUUCACCCGUAUCGGAAAAGGAAAAAUCACCUGUAGCAGAACCAGAAAAACAAAAAUCUCCUUCACCAGUAUCAGAAAAGGAGAAAUCUCCAGCUGCAGAAGCAGAUAAACAGAAAUCGCCUUCACCCGUAUCGGAAAAGGAAAAAUCACCUGUAUCUGAACCAGAAAAACAAAAAACUCCUUCACCAGAAUCAGAAAAGGAAAAAUCUCCUGCUGCAAAAGCAGACAAACAGAAAUCGCCUGCACCUGUACCGGAAAAGGAAAAAUCACCUGUAGCUGAACCGGAAAAACAAAAAUCUCCUUCACCAGUAUCAGAAAAGGAAAAAUCACCUGUAGCUGAACCAGAAAAACAAAAAUCUCCUUCACCAGUAUUAGAAAAGGAAAAAUCUCCAGCUGCAGAAGUAGAUAAACAGAAAUCGCCUUCACCCGUAUCGGAAAAGGAAAAAUCACCUGUAUCUGAACCAGAAAAACAAAAAUCUCCUUCACCAGUAUCAGAAAAGGAAAAAUCUCCAGCUGCAGAAGCAGAUAAACAGAAAUCGCCUUCACCCGUAUCGGAAAAGGAAAAAUCACCUGUAGCUGAACCAGAAAAACAAAAAUCUCCUUCACCAGUAUUAGAGAAGGAAAAAUCUCCAGCUGCAGAAGUAGAUAAACAGAAAUCGCCUUCACCCGUAUCGGAAAAGGAAAAAUCACCUGUAUCUGAACCAGAAAAACAAAAAUCUCCUUCACCAGUAUCAGAAAAGGAAAAAUCUCCAGCUGCAGAAGCAGAUAAACAGAAAUCGCCUUCACCCGUAUCGGAAAAGGAAAAAUCACCUGUAGCUGAACCAGAAAAACAAAAAUCUCCUUCACCAGUAUUAGAGAAGGAAAAAUCUCCAGCUGCAGAAGUAGAUAAACAGAAAUCGCCUUCACCCGUAUCGGAAAAGGAAAAAUCACCUGUAUCUGAACCAGAAAAACAAAAAUCUCCUUCACCAGUAUCAGAAAAGGAAAAAUCUCCAGCAGUAGAAGCAGAUAAACAGAAAUCGCCGUCACCCGUACCGGAAAAGGAAAAAUCACCUGUAGCUGAACCGGAAAAACAAAAAUCUCCUUCACCAGUAUCAGAAAAGGAAAAAUUACCUGUAGCUGAAGCAGAAAAACAAAAAUCUCCUUCACCAGUAUCAGAGAAGGAAAAAUCUCCAGCUGCAGAAGUAGAUAAACAGAAAUCGCCUUCACCAGUAUCGGAAAAGCAAAAAUCACCUUUAGUUGAACCAGAAAAACAAAAAUCUCCUUCACCAGUAUUAGAAAAGGAGAAAUCUCCAACUACAGAAGCAGAUAAACAGAAAUCGCCUUCACCCAUACCGGAAAAGGAAAAAUCACCUGCAACAGAGUCAGAAAAACAGAAAUCACCAUCACCUGAAGUAGAAAAGGAAAAAUCACCAUCACCUGAAGUAGGAAAGGAAAAAUCACCGUCAAUUGAAUCAGAAAAACAAAGAUCGCCUUCAUCCGUAUCGGAAAAGGAAAAAUCACCUGUAGCUGAACCAGAAAAACAAAAAUCACCAUCACCUGAAGAAGGAAAGGAAAAAUCACCGUCGAUUGAAUCAGAAAAACAAAAAUCUCCUUCACCUGUACUGGAAAAGGAAAAAUCACCAUCAGUUGAAUCAGAAAAACAAAAAUCGCCUUCACCCGUACUGGAAAAAGAAAAAUCACCUGUAACUGAACCAGAAAAACAAAAAUCUCCUUCACCAGUAUCAGAGAAGAAAAAAUCUCCAGCUGCAGAGCCAGAAAAACAAAAAUCACUGUCUCCAGAAGUAGAGAAAGAAAAAUCUCUUGUGUUAGAAGUAGAAAAACAGAAGUCUCUUUUAACGGAAGCAGAGAAAUCAGAGAAACUUAUAUUCUUAGAAUCGGAGAAGGAAAAAUCUCUUACAUCUGAAGUAGAUAAGCAGAAACCGACAACAGUAGAAAAGGAGAAAUCUCCAUCUUUGGAGAAAGACAAAGAAAAGUCAUUAUCGCCAAUGACAGAAAAGGAAAAACAAAAGUUACCUUUAUCAGAAACUGUGAAGUCUUCUCCAGAGAGCGAAAGGAGAGAAAGGUCUCCAACUCCAGAAAGUGGAAAAUUACGAAAAUCAAUGUCGCCGGAAAUAGAAGAUAAGACCAGGUCACCGACCGGAAGUGAGAAAAAAUACGAAAUCGAUGCACAUUUAUUGAAAGAUGAUGUGGACGAGAACGUUCCAAAAGACAGGUCACGAUCGCAUAGUUUAUUUGAACCAGGAGAGAAAACACCAACGACUCGUUCUCGUGCAGCAAGUUUGUACGAGGAUAAAAUACCAGACAAGUUAAAUCUUCAAGAAGGAGUAAAAACGACUUACGAUGAAGAAGAAAAGAAAAAACCAUUAGAAGAAGAAGAUGAAGAAGAAGAAGAGGAAGAAGAAUUUGAGUAUAAAGAUAGACAAAAAAGAAGUACAAUUGGUAUUACCGGAUCGAUUCACGAAGAAUUUGAAGAAGUUUAUUCUAAGAGAACUAGUCAAGCUAAAGAUGCUAAACAACUUCCCAAACAAGAUAAAUUCGAAGAUGAGGCAGACGAUAUUAUUAAAGUAACUGCCGAAAAGGUAGCAGACAUUGAAAAGUAUAUCGUCGAUGAGUUCUUAAACAAAAAACAAAAGAUUACAAUAUCUGCGAUAGAAAUAAUCGUGCUUACUUAUGCGGUACCAGAAUUUACAGUGAUGGACAUUAUAGAAGAUAUUCUGAAACGGAGAAAUCUUCGUAAAGAAUCAGUAUUGGACUUUGUCGACGAGGAAUCCGAUGAGAAGUCAAAAUCGAUGCCAGCAGGAAUAAAACUGGUGUCGACUGAAAAAAUGAGAGAGGUUGAAAAUUAUAUAAUUAGUGAAUACGUUGAUAAAAAUAAAAAGAUCACUAGUAAGAUUCUAGAGGAGAUCGUUUCUCUGAAAGGUAUUCCUCGAAAUUUCCUCAUCAUGAUAAUCCAAGAGAUAACUGUAAGAAGAAAAAUUCCAAGUGGCUUCAUUAUGGAUGCUGAGAUUUUGCAAGAGUCAUUAAGAAAGACACCGGAAGAUGAAGGACUUGCUAAGAAGAAAGAAAAGGAUGAAGAGCACGAUAAGAGUGUACGAGAUUCAAAGAGCCCAAGUUUGAGUUCGGAACCAAUCCCUUCGGACAAAUCCACUCAAGAUAGUCCGGUUCAUUCAGAGCCACACAUCGACGAAGAAAUUUCGAUUUCUGAAGAGAAACGUACCGAGAUUGAACAAUUUCUGGAAGAAGAAUAUAUUAAGAAAGGACGAAAAAUAACCGAAGUCAUUCUGGAGGAAAUAAUCAUGAGAACUUCUUUACCAAGAUACAUUAUCCUCGAAAUCAUCGAAGAAAUAAUUAUCAAGAAAAAACUAUCACGUAAAUUUAUAAUCGAUGUUGAAAUCUAUCACGAGGACGAACCUGAAAGUUACGAUAAACUCGAAUAUCAAUACGAAAAGUCAUCAGAAGUUGAACUCUCCGAAGCUGAUAGAAAAAUGUCUGGUGAGUACAGAUUAGGAGGAUAUGCGGAAUCAGCUGGUAGACAAAUGGAAAAAUCUAUUCCAAGUUAUCCGUUAGAUUACGAGAGUCAAUUUCACAAAGCUUUCGUUGGUGGAAUGACAGAAAUUCGUACGACUCAUAUAACAACAUUGUCUGGAAAAUCGACUCCAGAUUUUGCUACUCGUGACGGUACACCUGACUCAACGUCUGAACCUACUGGAUCCACCGUUGAAAGAACGGAUGAUAAAGGAAUAAGACUAGUUGAUCGAAUUUCACCUGACAAACAACAAAUUCUGAUUUCUAAGGGUGAGAUAACUGUUCAAAAAGUUGAAAUAUUAAAGGAGAGUAGAAUCGGUGAACAAGAGAUUCCUCCUGAGAAAGAUGAAAAGCAAAAAGAAGACGAACAAGUGAUUAGAAAAAUAAUCAAAUGUGAAAUUAUCGAAGAGGAAGAACCAGAAAUCGUAACGAAAGUAAUUAAAAAAAGAGAAAUAAUCGAGCAAGAAGAACCAGAAAGUAUCGAUGAAACGUUAAAGAAAGAAACGGUAGACCAAACUGAAUCUCGAAUAACGACGAAGAUCGUGAAACGUGAUGUGAUCGAAGAUGAAAGUGAGUCAGAAAUUAUAACCAAGAUAGUGAAACGAGAAAUAAUCGAGGAAGACGAACCUGAAGUAAUUACCAAAGUGAUCAAGAGAGAAAUCAUUAUUCCAGAAGAGAAAAUGUCUGAUUUCCAGGAUCACGAGAUCGUGAAAAGAGUAAUCAGUAGAGAGGAAACGCCAGAAUCAGUUGAAACAAUAACAACAAAGACCACGAGAACGAUCGUUACAGAGGAACUUCCAACAUCAAAAAUAUCUACUUCCGAUCUGGAAAAACCAGAACUUUACACGUACACGAUAUCACAUGAAGGUACAUUAGAGAAGAUGGAUACAUCUAGUUUAGGUGCUACCUAUAAAGUAAUCAGUCGAGAUAGUACGCCAGAAGUUUCGAAGAGUGCCGAGGUUAAAAGAAUCGUAACAACAGUUACGACGAUUACUGAGCCUGAUGGCAAAGUUACAACAAAGAAAGACGUGAAAGAAAGUAGCGAUACUGUUGAUAGCGAAGAACUCUUAGAGAAACUCAUUGACUCUACUAUUAGUGAAAAGACUGGUAAAGUCACAACGACUGAGACGAAAACUACUGAAGGAUCGAAAAUGGAGAAGGUUAUCAAGGAAACAAUAACUACGAUGACGUCAACAUCUGGUACAUCGACACCAGAUGUAAAAACUUUCUAUGAUUCUGGUAAAUCGACUCCUGAUUCGAAAUUUGAAGAGAAGUCGGAUAUCAUCGGUAAAGAUCAUUUGGAAAAGGUUGGAAAAUUAGAACAUUCGGUAUCACCAUCGGUACGUGAUUUGGUAUCAGACGAGAAAAGUUAUUCAGGAAAAUCCUCACCGGAUAUAUCCUUGCCAAAGGACAUCGUUUAUAGUGGCUCUACUGGCAAAUCAACUCCGGAUAUUCCAGUUUCUCCAUUGGUUAGGGACGGUGCAGCAGUACAACCACUUGUAUCUGGAAGGUCCACACCUGAUAGAAGAUCAGAAGGUCGAUCGACGACCGCGACGCCUGAAGGAUUUAGAUCAGGCGAAGUAAUUCGAACGAUCAUUACCACGACCAGAACUAUGUCAGACGAUGGUGAGAUCAUUACAACUACUAAAGAAGUUACGGAGGCUACCAAUGAGAAAGGUGAAACGAUAAUUUUGGCUGAGAAAACUGAUGUUAAGGUUGAUGAUCGUUUGCCAACCAAGGAUACUGCAGAAAUGGCGAUCAGUAGUGCAAUUGGUAGCAUAAAAGGUUCAACGGAGUUACAACGAAUAGGGAGUGUCAGUUCCGAUGUCAGCAGUGACAAGGACAAUAUAAGACCAGCCAGUCCUCGUAGUGAUCAGAGCAGUAUUCAUACCAAAGCCUCAACUCAUGUCCUUGGUAGCAGCGAAGAAAGACGAAUGACUUAUUCCGACGACGAACCACCUAGUUCUCCUCUUUCUUCGACAUCACAACGCGGUUAUUCUCCACAAUCGAAACAGUACGAGAGUUCUUCGGAGAAGGAAGAAGAAACGCACAAACCCAUCGAAUUUUCUGCUGCGGCCAUGAGCAGUAGCUUUUAUGGCGAAUUACCAGCUGUACCUCCGGCGAUGAAGACGUUCCAAGAAAGUGGUUUGCACAAGAGCAGUGAUCCCAUUUCCAUUCCAGGUGACUUCACUUUCAAGAAAUUUACCGUUGAGAAAGAGUAUGCUGGUGGUUACGGAGAGAAACAUGAUACUAAAAAAUAUGUUGACGAAGCUGAUCUAGAUUUUGAAAAAGCUUUAAUGGAACGGAAGGAAUUAAAAGAAUCAGCUGAUUUCGGUAGCACCAUAGCACCUAGAUAUACCAAUGGAAGUCUUCGUCAAGAAUUAACUCACGAAUCGAUGAAGAGCGAUCAUUCGUCAUCUUCAUUGGCCGGCGAGAGUUCUGAAAGCAAAAAAGAUUCAAAGAAAGACCCAUUGGAAGGAUGGGGAACACCUUUAGGUUUACCUUCACCGAAACCACCAAGAAAGUUCAAUCUUAAAAAUCCAACGCAACCUUCAAACGAAUUCUCAUCGGAUAAUCUUAAUUUCGACGUAACCAGCAACUGGGGUGAACCUUUGAGAUUACCUUCCCCAGCACCGGUAACCACAGAGAUUUCUAAUAAAGGAGCACCCGGUACACCGAAAAAAGACAGAAAACAAGCCAAGAAAGUUCUUUCGGAGAAUCUCAAAAAUAAAAAACGUUCCGAGAGUCCUGGGAAAAACGAGAAGAAAAUGAAAGAUUCUAAGAACAAGGUUCAACCGGUUUACAUGGAUCUUACUUAUGUUCCUCAUCAUGGUAAUUCUUAUUAUACGUCCUUGGAAUUUUUUAAGAGAAUUCGUGCGAGAUAUUACGUCUUCAGUGGCACGGAACCAAGCCGUGAAGUUUACGAUGCCUUGUUAGAGGCUAAAAAGACUUGGGAAGACAAAGAUCUCGAGGUAACAAUGAUUCCAACUUAUGACACCGACACUUUGGGUUAUUGGGUUGCCGAUAACGAAGAAGCCUUGGCUGCUAAUCAUAUAGAUCUAUCACCUUCGGCCUCACGAUGCACGAUCAAUCUUCAAGAUCAUGAGACGAGCUGCAGCGCCUACAGGCUCGAAUUCUAGGGAAUGGCAGCCUGCUCAGCCGUAAUAGUCGAGUUCUGAGCGGCUACCGGAUAAACGCUAAAAAUCCUCUAGUCAAAAUCCGGUGCUAUUCCCGCCAUCGAAAAUAGAAAAGAAUCCGAAGAAAAAGAAGAAGAAGGUUGACUAUUUGUCUUCCUUUUGCGUGUGUCCCGUAUCGCGAUUCCUCCAAUCUUCUCCCCGGCAUCCCGAGGAAGAUGUGCUCGAGAUCUUUUCGCAAUUGUAGCUUUUACCAGAUACAUUUCUCUCUUUUUCUCUCUCUCUCUCUCUUUCUCUCUCUCUCUCUCUCUUUCACUCUCUCUAUCUCUCUCUCGUUUGAUAUUAAAAUUAUUAAUAUCAAAUUAUUUUCAUUAAAUAGUUAAGUUUUUAAGAAAGUACUAUAAAUAUCUUGACAAAUAUCUUAUUCAAUCUUUCUUGCGCUGGAAAAGCGCCAUUUAUACAUCUUACACAUAUACAUAUAAAAGCUCAUUAGAAAAUACAUAGAUGCAUAUACGCACGUACAUAAUCUUACUUAUCUUUGUCUUACGCAAUUUCUGACCGCGAACGUUUCGACGUUUGCCGAGGACGUUCGUGUGUACCGUAAAAAUAUUCUGCCAAGGACUAGUGAAAGGCACCGAGCUAUUCGAUUAUUACAAAAAAAGAGCAUUAAUAGAUAAAUGGAUAAGUUCAAUCGCGAAAAGAUCAUCGUGUAAUACUGUGAUUUGGGAUUAGUACGUUAGAUACCCAACAAAUUGACUAGGAUAUUCAAAUUCCCAAGUGCGACCUUAUUCCGUAGUCGAACGUCAAAGCCCCAAAGAACGUUAUCUACAAGUCAGUCUUAAAUCAGAGAAUGAGAAAAUAUAUCAUAACUCGUCCCCGCCCGCUCCUUGCCAACAAAACGAGAUCGAAAGAGUACCUUUAUAAUAUCACGAAAAUAAAUUAUUCUUAAUGGUUAUUACAAAGGUAGAGAGUACUUCGAAUAAAAAGAAGAAGCAGAAGAAGAAAAAAAAUAUGAAAGGACAACGUGUCGAACGUGUAAUUGUUGUCGACCUCGAAAUAAUUGAUAAGAAGGGAUCCAUUGAAGGCAUUUAUCGCGAUCCCUUCUUCUAAACAUCGUCUAUACCGAUAUAACUUAAUCAUAAAUGUCUUAUUCGUGCGUAGGUAACAACAAAAAUAAAAAAAAAAGAAAAAAGAAGAAAAGGAAAAAACGAAGUAAACUAACAAGAAUCCAGAAGCUACCUACAAAAAAUUAAGAAAUUAAUCUGUGUGUCGUGUUUCUAUAUCGUAGAAUAGAAACUAGUGAUACGCAUUCCUGGACUUGGUCUCGUAUUAUGAGAAUAAUAUAGAAACUGCUUCGACGGAUACUAAUUUUAGGUCGAAUGCACCAUUGAAAGAAAUAAAAACUAAAUAAAUAAAUAAAUAAAUAAAUAAAUAAAUAAAGGUCAAGGUAUUAUCAAGGAGAAAGAGAGAAAGACAAAAUAAUAAAAAUCAUAAAGGCAAAGCCGAUCUACGGUAGGCAGGGUGUUUCGUAUUCUUUCUUUCUUCUUUUUUUAAUCACUUUCUUCUCUCUUUCUUUGAAGACAAAAGAAAAUACUAAUAAUAAUAAAAAAGAAAAAAAGAAAAAAAGAAUCAAAAUACUUAUUUUUUUUUCUCUCAACAGAAACAGAAAAAAGAAAACUACAUAGCGUUUGUGGCGAUGCGUUACGAUACCGAUUACUCGCGAUACAUCCAUCCAAAUAAUGAAAACGAAUUAACCAAGAUAGUCCACGUUCGAUAAAUAAAUAGAACAUAAAUAAAAAUAAAAAUCUAUAUAUAUAUAUAUAUAUAUAUAUAUAUAUAUAUACACAAGAGGGAACGAGUAACUUAAGUUAUAUUAUGAAAAAAACAAAGAACAAAAAAAUCAGCAUCGUUUCUCGUUCUCUCGGUUUAGGGUCACCUUAUUAGGGGACCUUAUUAGCGAUAACUUUACUCAAUCUUAAGAAGAUGAAACGAAAUUAAAACUAAGCCACGGUCGAGAAGGAAAAAAAGGUUCAUGAUUUUGAUUCAUUCACGAGGCUGACAAACUAUUUACGAGAGCCAAACUCUAAGCUUAAGCUUCACUAAGCUCUCUCUCCACACAAACAAUCCCUCGGUCUAUGUUCUGUUUUUUUCCUUUUGUCUUUUUUUUUCAGAAUGCGGCGUCUCUUGGAUACAUUAUUCAGUUUUAGGAAUGAAAAAUAAAAAAAAGGAAAGAGAGGGAAAACCAAAAACAUAAAAAAAAAACUAACAUAAGAGAGAGAGAGAGAGAGAGAGAGAAAGAGAGAGAGAAAGAGAGAGAGAAAGGAAUAUAUUGCUUUAUGCUUUGCUAGUGAUUCGAAGAGAGUGAAAAAU